CUGUCAUCUACUUUGAGCCAGUUCAUGAUGAAUAAAAUCCAAUCAAAUACUUUUGCUUUACUUACUUUCUAAUCGUUGGGUACAGGCUACAUUGACUGCUGAGUUAUAUCUAGAGUUAUUAUUUAUUUCUGUACCAGUGGUAACUAUUACUGUUAUUACAGUUUUAUGUUACACAGAAGUCGUCGUGGUUUCAGGGUUUUGUGUUGCGUUUGAGUUUAAAUUUCUGUUUGGUUGUGAUCGUCGUCGCAGUGCUUGAAGUUUUUGGAUUAUUAUUAGUUUUGGAUUCCUUUUGUUUUGAGGGUGAUUUUAGUGAUGUCAAGGUUUAUUUUUGGACUUAUUAUUUAAGUCUUGGUUCCUCAGGGAGCAGGUGGAUGAGAGAGAAGUGGAGGAAUACACUGGAAAUAAGGGGAAUGAAAGUCAGUAGAAGCAAGACAGAAUAUGUGUGUGAAUGAAAGGGAGGCUGGAGCUGAGGUAUUGAAGAACAGAGUGCAGGCAGGGCUGAGCGGGUGGAGAUGAGUAAAAGGGAAAGUUUACGAGGUGAUGUGUGGUUUGGAGACAGUAGCAUUGAUAAAAAGGCAGGAGGCUGAGCUGAAGAUGUUAAGUGACCAGAAUGGAAAAGAUCAGAGACGAGUAGAAAUGUCAGACAGACAUCUCGGGUCGAACGGUUUGGAGACAACGUCCAAGGACAAAGCUGAGAUGUUUGGACAUGUGUAGAGGAAGGAUGGUGGAAAUACUGAGCAAAGCUUGUUUGGAUGGAGCUGCCAGGCAGGAGUGAAAGAGGAGGAGCUCAGACGGAGGAGACUGAUGGAUGUACUGUUGGAAGGCGUGCAGGGUGGUGGACAGAUCGCUGUGGUGGCUCCUAAAGGGAGCAGCCAAAAGAAGAAGACGGUGGAGUUGUUGAGAUGUUUGACUUACUCUGAUGUUUUACACUUUCACUUUCUGAAUACUUGGUUUUUAUUCAGUGUCAGUUACAAAUUGAGUUUAUUAUUUCUGUCUGUCUUGUGUGUCACUUAGUGUCGUUCCCCACCUUUGGUAUCAUGUUUGUGUUUCUUUUGUCAUUUUUUACCUUUUGUCCCUGUUGUGUGUUUACAAAUAAAUAUAAUUUCAAGUUUAUUUCUUCUGGAGUUCAACAUGAACUCUUUUUUCCCUCAGAGCUGGCCGGGGUGGAGAAUGACGAGGCUUCAGCUGCAGAGACAAAAAAGGUGGUGACAGUGGAGGAAAAUGAAGAGGAGUCCACGGUAACAUCAGCGACCACUGUGGGCACGGUUGCUUAUACAACUGCUGAAGGUCUGCAUGAAGACGCUGAAAGUCACAAUACAGCAGAGGAAGUGGAGGAGGAAGAUGAUGAUGCAAAGGUGGAGGCAGGUGGAAAGGAAAAGGAUGAAGAUGAGGAUACAAAAGCAAAGAGGUUGCUGGUGUCGUGGGAGUCAGAGGCCUCGUCUGACGGGAAGCCUCCGCUGCCAGACCCGGCGUUUAACAGGAGGUGCAGCCUGCUCGCCAGUGACGUCAGAUAUAAAGAAGACUUCGAGAAGAUGAAGGGACAGAGUCUGUUUGUUCCCGGAGCCGAACUCAUCCACGCCAAGAACAUCAGCGCUGUGAUCUCUGAGUCUAAGUAUAAGGAGGAGGGGAAGAAGGAGGCGGCUGUUUCGCUGUACUCCAUCCUGCCGGAGACUCCCGAGACGCAACAUGCCAGAGAGGCUUCAGAGCUGCAGAGCGAGAUUAAAUACAAAGGAAACGUGAAGACAAAGAUUUCCUCGUCCCUUUAUUCUCUGCUGCCAGAAACCACAGAGACUCAGUUUGUCAAAGAGCUGUCUGAGAUACUGAGCGAGAACAAGUACAAGGAGGAGGGAAAGAAGGAGAUGAGCAGCAGUUUGUACUCUCAGCUUCCCGAAACCACCGAGAUGCAGCUCGCCAAGACCGUCCACGAGUUCCAGAGCGAGAAAAAGUACAAAGAAGACGGGAAGAGGAAGGCCUCCAUCUCCAUCUACUCCCAGCUCGCUGAUACUCCAGAAAUACAGCACGCUCUGGAGGUGUCACAGCUGCAGAGUGAGGUGAAUUAUCGCCCCAAGACGAUGGUUAGAGGAGCUCCCGCCUCUCUCUACUCGCAGCUGCCCGACACCACAGAGAUCCAGUUUGCCAGAGAGAUGACUGAGAUGCACAGCGAGAGUAAGUACAAAGAGGGCGGCAGGAGGAGCCUCUCCCAGAGUUUCUACUCUCAGCUCCCAGAAACCGCCGAGACUCAGUUUGCUAAAACAGUUGCUGAGCUGCAGAGCGAGUAUAAAGAAGACGGUAAGAAGGAGAUGAACAUCAACCUGUACUCUCUGCUGCCCGAGACCAUCGACACACAGCACGCCAAAGAGGUGUCGAACCUGCAGAGUGAGGUGAAAUAUAAAGAAGGUCUGAAGCAGAAGAUUCAGAGCAGUUUGUACCAUCGGCUCCCAGAGACCACAGAGACACAGCUGGCCAAACAGCUGUCUGAGCUGCAGAGUGAGACCAAGUACAAGGAGGCUGGUAAAAAGGAGGCGACCGCCUGCCUGUACUCCCUCCUGCCUCACACCAUGGACACGCAGCACGCGAAAGAAGCUGCAGAGCUGCUGAGUGAGGUAAAAUACAAAGAGAGCGGGAAGAAGGAGAUGUCCAGCUCGCUGUACGCCACUCUACCCGACACUUCAGAAACCAGCUUUGCCAGAGAGAUGAGCGACGUGCUGAGCGAGAACAAGUACAAGGAGGCUAUGAAGAGAAACCUCUCUCAAAGUUUUUACUCACAGCUCCCAGAAACCAUUGAGACUCAGUUUGCAAAAACAGUUUCUGGGCUGCAGAGCGAGAUGAAGUACAAAGAAGCAGGAAAGAAGGGCGUGUCAAGCACCCUCUAUUCAACUCUACCUGAGACUCUGGAGACGCAGCACGCUAAAGAGGCUUCUGAGCUGCAGAGUCAGCUGAAGUACAAGCAGCCUUUAAAGAAAGAUGGGCCCAGCCUUUACCACCUGAUGCCAGAAACCAACGACACACAGUUUGUUCGUCAGCAGACAGAGAUGCUGAGUGAGGUCAAGUACAAAGAAGAUAUGAAAGAGAUGAGUUUCAACUUGUACUCUCUGCUCCCCGACACCCUCGACACCCAGCACGCUAAAGAGCUGACGGAGAUGCAGAGCGAGGCAAAAUACAAAAAGGCCAGUAAGAAGGACACAUCGACAUCUCUGUACCACCGACUACCUGAAACUCUGGAGACACAGCACGCUAAAGAGGCUUCCCAGCUACAGAGUCAGGUCUCAUAUAAAGAGGCUGUGAAGAAGUACUUGUCAUGUCCAGUUUACCACCUGCUCCCUGAUACUCUGGAGACCCAGUUUGCCCGAGAGGUCACCGACCUGCAAAGCCAAAAAAAGUACAAGGAGGGGAUGAAGAGCAUGUCUCAGAGUUUCUACUCUCAGCUGCCUGAAACCGCUGAGACAAAGUUUGCUAAAACGGUGUCUGAGCUGCAGAGCGAGACAAAGUAUAAGAAGUCAGGGAGGCAGGAGACCGGCAGCAGUUUGUACUCUGUGAUGCCCGAAACUCUGCAAACUCAACACGCCAAGCAGGCCUCACAGAUACAGAGCCAGGUGAAGUACAAAGAGGACGGGCAGAAGGAGCUGUCGUCCACUUUGUUCUCCAGCCUUCCUCAAACCCUGCAGACUGAGCUGGCCAAAGACGUGACGGAGCUGCAGAGUCAGGUGAAAUACAAGGAGGGCUGUAAGAAGGAAACGUCCUCCUCACUCUUCCACCUCAUGCCUGAAACACCAGAGAUGCAGUUUGCCAAGCAGAUGUCAGAGAUCCAGAGCGUGGCAAAGUACAAACAGGACAAAGAGGAUCUGCCCAACACUUUGUACUCGCUGCUGCCCGAAACUCUGGAGACUCAGUUUGUUAAAGAGAUGGCUGAGACACACAGCGAGGUGAAGUACAAGCAGGCAGGUAAGCAGCACGCGGCGUCGUCUCUUUACUCCAAACUGCCCGAAACUCUGGAGACCAAACGCGUCAAAGAAGUGACUGAACUGCAGAGUGAAAAAAAGUACAAAGAUGAAGGGAGGAAGGAGAUGAUGUCGCCUCUGUACGCUCAGCUGCCUGAAACCACAGAGACCCACUUUGCCCGGGAGAUGAGUGAAAUACUGAGCGAGAGCAAAUAUAAAGAAGCAGGGAAGAAGGAAGCGUCCAGCUCUCUGUACUCGAAGCUGCCCGAGACUCUGGAGACUCAGCACGCCAAAGAGGUGGCUCAGCUGCAGAGUCAGGUGAAGUAUAAACAGGACGGUAAGAAGGAGGUGAGCAGCUCUCUGUAUCAUCAGCUACCUGCAACCACAGAGACACAGCUGGCCAAAGAGCUGAGAGACAUCUGCAGUGAGGUGAAGUACAAAGAGGAGGGUAAGAAGGAGAUCAGUAAGAACUUGUACUCGCUGCUCCCAGAGACGGCAGAGACACAGUUCGCCAAACAGAUGUCAGAAAUACAGAGUGAGGCAAACUACAAGAAGGACAAAGAGGAUCUGCCCAACACUUUGUACUCACUGCUGCCUGAAACUCUGCAGACUCAGUUUGUUAAAGAGAUGGCUGAGACGCACAGCGAGGUUAAAUACAAAGAAGCAGGGAAGAAGGAGGCCAGCAGCUCUCUGUAUCACCAGCUCCCUGAGACUCUGGAGACGCAGCACGUUAAAGAGGUUACUGAGCUGCAGAGCGAGUGUAAAUACAAGGAGAACGGCAUCAAGAGCCUCUCUCAGAGUCUCUACUCGCAUCUACCAGAAACAGCCGAGACUCAGUUAGCACGAACUGUGUCUGAGCUGCAGAGUGAGGCCAAGUACAAGGAGGCGAGCAAAAAGGAGGCGACCAGCUGUCUGUACCAUCAGCUGCCUGAAACACUGGAGACUCAGCAUGCUAAAGAGGCUACUGAGCUACAAAGUCAGGUGAAAUACAAGGACGGUAAGAAGGAGCUGAGCACCAACCUGUACUCACUGCUGCCUGAGACAGAGGAGAUCAAGUUUGCUAAAGCAGUGACGGAGCUUCAGAGUGAGAAUAAAUACAAGCAGAAAGGCAGACAGGAGAUCAGCAGCAGUGUUUUCCAUCAGAUGCCGGAGACCAAAGAGAUGGAGUUUGUUAAGCACAUCUCAGAAUUUCAGAGCGAGUCAAAAUACAAGAAGGACAAAGAGGAUCUGCCCAACACUUUGUACUCGCUGCUGCCUGAAACUCUGGAGACUCAGUUUGUUAAAGAGAUGGCUGAGACACACAGCGAGAAUAAAUACAAAGAGGCGGGUAAGAAGGAGAUGGUGAAGUGUCUGUACUCUCUGCUGCCCGAGACCAAAGAAACUCAGCAUGCCAAGGAGCAGAGCCAGCUGCACAGCGAGAAAGCUUACAGGGAGGAGAGCAAGAAAGAAGCCGGCUGUAGUCUCUAUGCCCAGAUGCCCCAAACCAUCGAGACCGUGUUUGCCAAAGAGCUGAGCAAGACACAGAGCGAUAAACUCUACAAGGAGAAAUAUAAUCGGGAGAAGGGGAAGUCCAGCUACACCAACAUGAAGACGCUUCCUGAGGUGGAGCACGCCAUGGAGGUCAACAAGAAGCAGAGUGAAGUCAGCUACAGGAAAGGUAAAGAGGAGCUUCAUCACUACAACACCAUCCCAGACAGACCUGACAUCGUGAACGCCACCAACGCAGCUAAACUGGCCAGCGAUGUGACCUAUAAGAGUAAUACUAAGCAGCCCGUCUACAGUGACGAGUCUCUUCUGGCCAGAACCGACAUCCAGCACGCCAAAGAGGUCUCAAAACUGGCCAGCCAGGUGAAGUAUAAGGAGAGCUUUGACAGACAGUUAAAGGGGCAGAAACCUCAAUACAACCCGCUGGACUGUGUUUCCUUCAAACAAACGCAGGCUGCUGCUGCUCUGGCCAGUCAGGUGAAAUAUAAAACCAACCAGAACCAGAAACCAGACGGUUCUUCCGACCUCCCGAACCUCCUGCAGCUGGAGCACGCCCUGCACGCCACCAAGCUUCAGAGCAAUGUAGAGUAUAAGAAGAAGUACGAGCAGACGAAGGCUCAUUACCACACAGCUCUGCACACGGCUGAACAGCUCCACCACAAGGAGAACGCAGUGCUGCACAGCCAGGUCAAGUACAGAGAGGAGUAUGAGAAGAACAAAGGUCGCUCCCUGAUGGAGUUCGGAGACACUCAGACCUACAAGGUGUCCAAGGAAGCACAGAAGAUGCAAAGCGAGAAGGAAUAUCGGAAGGACUAUGAGGAGCAGAUGAAGGGCAAAGCCUUGGUGGAUGUCGACCAGACGCCUGGAUACCUGACAGCGCGCCAUGCUAGCAGCCUGCUGAGCGAGAAAGAGUACAAGAGGGACCUGGAGCAGGAGGUGAAGGGGCGGGGCUUAUCUGGUGUUGGUCUUGAAGAGACACCUGAGCUGCUGAGGGUCAGAAAAGCCAAUCAGAUACUGAACCAGAAGGAGUACCGCAAAGAUCUGGAGAGGGAGAUUGUGGGGAAAGGCAUGGAGCUGAGUGCUGAUGUGCUGGAGAUGCAAAGAGCCAAGAGAGCCUCACAGAUCCAGAGCCAGAAGUCGUACAAGCAGACGGAGCAGCUCAGAGAACACUCAUACGGGUCGGUUACAGACACUCCUGAGCUGCUGCACGCCUCCUACCUCAAAGACGUCUACAGCCAGAAGAAGUAUAAAGACGAGGCGCAGCGACUGAAGGGACGCUACAGUCUGGUUUCUGAAACCCCCGAGAUGGAAAGGGUCAAAGCCAACCAGAGACACGUCAGCUCUCUGCGAUACUGCUGGGACUCAAAGAUGAUGAGAAACCUGACGUCAUCGGUCACAGAGACGCCAGAGAUCGUCCUCGCCAGAGAGAACGCCAAGAAGAUCAGUGACGUCCGGUACAGGGAGGAGGUGGGUUGUGGCACCGCAGUCAUGGACACACCUGAGAUGGAGCGAGUCCGACGUAACCAGGAGAACAUCAGCUCAGUCAAAUACAAGCAGAGUGCAGUGAA